CUUUUCACAUGGCGAAGUAGAAGAAGAGUAACUUCUGUUUUUAUUUUACAAAACAUUCGGAGAAAUAUAAUGUCAUUCAUGCGUUUGUGUUUUUACUCACGCGAUAAAACGGAUAAAAUAUUGCCGUUUGUUUAUUCUUUUAAAACGUCUCAAUAAUUUAGGAAAAAAUACGCUGGAUCUUUAUUUAUUUUUUAUGACUUAAAGUAUUUUCUUUAAGACCCUGUCACGUGAAAUAACAGACUUUGACCCCAAAGCUCAUCACUUUGAAUGAUCAAAAAGCAAUACGAUUCGACAGUGAAAAGGUCUCCAAAUACAUUCACCAUCCUUUCAUCAUCAUGCCAGCGAUGAAGAACAGUACAAACAGACCAAAACUGGACUGGAAGUUCUUACAGAGAUUCUGCAGUAUUCUGAAGAUCCUUUUCCCAUCCUGGGCCAAUCAAAACGUGCGAAUGUUCAUGACGCUCCUUGGCGUCACACUUUCAGUUCAGCUUGUGAUUUAUCAAGUGGGUCUGAUUCCGAGUCAGUUUUAUGGAAUUCUGUCUGAGAAGAACUAUAGCAGAUUUAAAGAUCUUGUGUUGUUUGCAGUCUUACUCAUCCUGAUCAAUUCAACACUGAAAAGUCUGGACCAGUACGUCAGCAGCCUGCUUUAUGUGAGCUGGAGGAAGUCUUUAACAGAAGAACUCCAUGACACCUACUUUCAGGGUCGCGUUUACUACACCCUCAACGUACUACACAAAGACAUCGACAACCCAGACCAGCGAAUCAGUCAAGAUGUGGAGAGGUUAUGUAAGCAGAUGAGCACAAUGGCUAGUCGACUUCUCGUUUCCCCGUUUACCAUCUCUUACUACACCUAUCAGUGCUUUAACAGUGCUGGUUGGAUUGGAUUUGUUAGCAUCUUUGGCUACUUCGGGAUUGGAACCUUUGUCAAUAAGAUCUUGAUAGGACCCAUUGUGACCAUGCUGGUUGAGCAAGAAAAACUAGAAGGAGAUUUCAGGUUCAAACACAUGCAGAUUCGAGUAAAUGCAGAAUCUGCCGCUUUCUACAGGGCAGGGAAAGUGGAACACAUGCGGACGAACCGAAGGCUACAGAUACUUUUAUCCACACAGAAAAGUCUAAUGAACAAAGAGUUUUGGCUUUACAUUGGGGUAAAUACUUUUGACUAUAUGGGCAGUAUCCUCAGCUAUAUUGUUAUAGCGAUACCCAUCUUUGCUGGAGUGUAUGAUGGACUCUCACCUGGAGAAUUGAGUGCACUUGUCAGUAAGAACGCUUUUGUCUGCAUUUAUCUGAUAAACUGCUUCACGCAACUCAUAGACCUUUCAACCACCUUAUCUGACGUUGCUGGAUACACCCACAGAAUUGGAGAACUAAGGGAAGUAAUGUCUGACAUUGCCGAGAAACAGCGGGACCAGGAAAGAUAUGAUCCUCUGUCGAAGGAACCUGGUGACUUUGACAUGUAUGAUGAUAGAGAAGCUCAGACAGCGGACACAGCGUUUGUGUUGGAUAAGCUCUCCUUCAGAUCGCCCGUCUCACAGGAGCUGCUUGUAAAAGAUCUGACCAUGAAGAUCUCUGAAGGAACGAACCUGCUUGUGGUGGGAAACACGGGAACUGGAAAAACAUCCUUACUGAGAGUUCUCAACUUCCUUUGGGAGCCAUGCAAUGGAUCUGUGGACAUGACCACAUGUUUUGGACCGAGAGGUGUUAUGUUCCUACCACAAAAACCAUAUCUCACUGACGGUACUCUGAGAGAACAGGUGAUCUAUCCAUUAAAGGAUAUAUAUCCAGCAUCAGGGUCUGCAGACGAUGAACGAAUAUUUAAAUACCUGGAACUCUCUGGUUUGUUGAAUCUUCUGAACAGAACUGGAGGGCUGGAUGCAAAAGUAGACUGGAAUUGGUAUGAUGUUUUGUCACCAGGAGAAAUGCAAAGGCUUUGUUUUGCCAGACUUUUCUACCUGCAGCCCAAAUAUGCAGUGUUGGAUGAAGCCACAAGUGCUCUGACAGAAGAGGCAGAAGAUCUGCUGUAUAAAGCCUGUAAACAUUUGGGUAUGACCCUCAUCAGUCUGGGUCACCGGCGCAGUUUGGAAAAGCAUCAUGAUGUCAUUUUGCGACUGUGUGGAGGUGGCCAAUGGGAACUUGUCAAACUCAAACCAGAGUGAACCUUCAGUUUAAACUGAUAAUACUAGUCUGGUUUGUGACUAUGGCUGCAUUUAAACCCAGAUAGCUUGAAACUUCAGAGAAGUGUUUUUAAUGUUUACUAGGCAGCAUACGGACAUUUACUUGGUAUGUUUAUGAUACCUUCAUAUGCUGUCAACUCAUAUACUCUCCACCAUUUUAUAUAGUAUUAAAGGAAUAGUCUACUCAUUUUCAAUA